GCCGCCGCCCGCCGGGCCGGGCCGAGCCGAGCCGAGCCGAGCCCAGCCGAGUCGGGCCGAGCCGGGCUGAGCCGAGCCUAACCGGACCGAGCCCAGCCGAGCUCAGCCGAGCUGAGCCCAGCCGACCCGAGCCGAGCGGGGCCAGGCGGGGCGGGGGCUCCAUCCCCCCCCCCCCAGCCGCUCCGUGACUAAAUAAGGCCGAUGCGGCGCGCACCGAGCGGGUAGAGCGGGGGGGCACCGGCACCGAUACCCGCACCCGCACCGGUACCCGCACCGGUAUCCGCACCAGCGCCGGUACCGGCAACCGCACCGGCACCGCACCGGGCGGGCAGGGUCCGGGACCGGCGGGCACUGGGCGAGGGGAGGGCCCAGCUUUAACCCCUGCGCGCCCGCCCCGCAUCCCGCCGCCCCCGGGGCUGCGCCGGGGCUGAGCCGGGCCCGGUGCAGAGCCGAGCCGAGCCGGGUCCCGCAGCCCUCCCCGCGCCGGAGCCGCCCCGGCGGCGCCGUCCUUGGCUCAAGGGCAGCGGGACCCCCCGCGGCGCGGGGCCGCCUCCCCGCUCCCGUUCCGUUCCUUCCCCCCCCGGGGCCCGGCGGCGCGGAGCGGGCGGCGGCGCUGCCCCAUGGGCCGGGCAGCAUGCCGGUGCGGCGGGGGCACGUCGCCCCCCAGAACACCUUUCUGGACACCAUCAUCCGCAAGUUCGAGGGGCAGAGCCGCAAGUUCAUCAUCGCCAACGCCCGUGUGGAGAACUGCGCCGUGAUCUACUGCAACGACGGCUUCUGCCAGCUGUGUGGGUACUCACGGGCGGAGGUGAUGCAGAAGCCCAGCACCUGCGACUUCCUCCACGGGCCCCGCACCCAGCGCGGUGCCGCAGCCCAGAUCGCCCAGGCGCUGCUGGGCGCCGAGGAGCGCAAGGUGGAGAUCUGCUUCUACCGCAAGGACGGCAGCUGCUUCCUGUGCCUGGUGGACGUGGUGCCGGUGAAGAAUGAGGAUGGGGCUGUCAUCAUGUUCAUCCUGAACUUCGAGGUGGUGAUGGAGAAGGAGCGCCCGGGCUCGCCCGACAAGGGCACCAACCACUGGGUCACCCCUGCCAACUGGUUCCCCGCAGGGCGCAGCAAGUCCUUCCGCCUGAAGCUGCCGGCGCUGCUGGCGCUGGCGGGCAGCAAGCAGUCCCUGCCGCAGGAGCCGCCCGAUGCCGUGGUGGUGGACUUCUCCAAGCAGAGCAGCGAGUCCGGCCCCGAGGACGCCCCGUCCUCGAUGGAGCCCAGCUGCGUGGUGGGGAGCCAGCCCGAGGACCAGGCGGCGCUGAUGGGGGACGGCCCCAUGGCCGAGCCCCCCGUCACCCACUCCUCGCCGCGCACCGACCGCCUAGCCCUGCACGCCGCCUUCUCCAACUGCAGCCUGGCGCAGCGCAGCCGCUCCCGGGAGAGCCUCCACAGCGUGCGCAGAGCCUCCUCCGUGGACGACAUCGAGGCCAUGAAGGGCGAGGGCGACAAGCGCUGCCACAACCGCCACGCCAGCACCGGCGCCAGCAUGCACCGCGGCUCCAGCACCGGGGCCAUGACCACGGUCCGGAGCGCCCUGCUGAACUCCACCUCGGACUCGGACCUGAUGCGCUACCGGGCCAUCAGCAAGAUCCCUCAGAUCACCCUCAACUUCGUGGACUUCAAGGCGGAUGCAUUCCUGGCCGCACCACCCGGCGAGAAGGAGAUCAUCGCCCCCACCAAGCUGAAGGACCGUACCCACAACGUCACCGAGAAGGUCACCCAGGUGCUGUCGCUGGGCGCCGACGUGCUCCCGGAGUACAAGCUGCAGGCGCCGCGUAUCCACAAAUGGACCAUCCUGCACUACAGCCCCUUCAAGGCGGUGUGGGACUGGCUGAUCCUGCUGCUGGUCAUCUACACAGCCAUCUUCACCCCCUACUCGGCCGCCUUCCUGCUCAACGACCAGGAGGAGGCCCAGCGCCACCACUGCGGCUACUCCUGCAGCCCCCUCAACGUGGUCGACCUCAUCGUGGACAUCAUGUUCAUCAUCGACAUCCUCAUCAACUUCCGCACCACCUACGUCAACUCCAACGAGGAGGUGGUCAGCCACCCCGCCAAGAUCGCCAUACACUACUUCAAGGGCUGGUUCCUCAUUGACAUGGUCGCCGCCAUCCCCUUUGACCUGCUCAUCUUCGGCUCCGGCUCUGAGGAGACCACCACCCUGAUCGGGCUGCUGAAGACGGCGCGGCUGCUGCGCUUGGUGCGGGUGGCCCGCAAACUGGACCGGUACUCGGAGUACGGGGCGGCCGUGCUCUUCCUCCUGAUGUGCACCUUCGCGCUCAUCGCCCACUGGCUGGCCUGCAUCUGGUACGCCAUCGGCAACGUGGAGGGGCAGCGCAUCGGCUGGCUGCACUCGCUGGGCGACCAGAUCGGCAAGCCCCUCAAUGCCAGCAACCCCCUCUACGGCCCCACCAUCAAGGACAAGUACGUCACCGCGCUGUACUUCACCUUCAGCAGCCUCACCAGCGUCGGCUUCGGCAACGUCUCCCCCAACACCAACUCCGAGAAGAUCUUCUCCAUCUGCGUCAUGCUCAUUGGCUCGCUGAUGUACGCCAGCAUCUUUGGGAACGUGUCGGCCAUCAUCCAGCGCCUGUACUCGGGCACCGCGCGCUACCACACGCAGAUGCUGCGCGUCCGCGAGUUCAUCCGCUUCCACCAGAUCCCCAACCCGCUGCGCCAGCGCCUCGAGGAGUACUUCCAGCACGCCUGGUCCUACACCAACGGCAUUGACAUGAAUGCGGUGCUGAAGGGCUUCCCCGAGUGCCUGCAGGCUGACAUCUGCCUGCACCUCAACCGCAGCCUGCUGCAGAACUGCAAACCCUUCAAGGGUGCCACCAAGGGCUGCCUGCGCGCCCUGGCCAUGAAGUUCAAGACCACGCACGCCCCGCCGGGGGACACGCUGGUGCACGCCGGGGAUGUCCUCACCGCGCUUUACUUCAUCUCCCGCGGCUCCAUCGAGAUCCUGCGCGGGGACGUGGUGGUGGCCAUCCUGGGUGAGCCCCCAGCAAUGGGGUCCUAUAGUCCCCACCAUGCCCGCCAUGGCCUGACCCCCCUCUCCGGUGCGCGUAUUCCAGGGAAGAACGACAUCUUCGGGGAGCCACUGAACCUGUACGCGCGGCCCGGGAAGUCCAACGCAGACGUGCGGGCGCUGACCUACUGCGACCUGCACAAGAUCCACCGCGAGGACCUGCUGGAGGUGCUGGACAUGUACCCCGAGUUCUCCGACCACUUCUGGUCCAGCCUCGAGAUCACCUUCAACCUGCGCGAUACCAACAUGAUCCCCGGCUCCCCGGGCAGCGAGGAGCUGGACGGCGGCUUCAACCGCCUGCGCAAGCGCAAGCUGUCCUUCCGCCGGCGCACGGACAAAGAUGCCAGCAGCACCGGGGAGCCACGGGGCGGGCCGCAGGCGCUGCGGCCGGGCCGGAGCUGCCAGGCGCCCGGCGCCCCACGCGGGCCAGCUGAGUGGGAGCCGUGGCACUGCGGGUCCCCCCCCAGCUCCCCGUCCAGCGACGAGGAGGAGCCCCCCGAGCCCGGGCCGGGGGCCGCCGCCCUGUCCCCGUUCCGCAGCGCCCGGGCGGGCGGGCAGGCUGCGGUGCCCAGCGAGGCCGAGGAGCGCGAGGGCAGCGACAUGUGCAACCCGCUCUCAGGAGCCUUCUCGGGGGUCUCCAACAUCUUCAGCUUCUGGGGGGAGAGCCGGGGCCGGCAGUACCAGGAGCUGCCGCGUUGCACCAUCCCAGCUCACGCCGCACUCAGCAUCCCACUGCCGGCCAUGAGCCGCCGGCAGCGCUCCGAGGUGGAGAUGCGCCUCGACCUGCUUCAGAAGCAGCUCAACAGGCUGGAGACCCGCAUGGCCGCAGACAUCAGCUCCAUCAUGCAGCUGCUGCAGCGUCAGGCCGCGCUGGUGCCGCCCGCAUACAGCACGGUCUCGUCCCCACACCAACCCCCUGGCCCCCCGUGUCCGCUGCAGCCCGUCCUCCCCAUCACCCCCAUCCAGCCGCUCGCUCAGGUUCCCAGCUUCCCGGUGCCGCUGGAGCUGCCGCGUGCGCCGGACACCCGCCACGAGCCGCCGCCGCCGCCGCCGCCACCGGACGUGGUGCUGCUGGUGGAGCCGCCGGCCGCGCCGCCGCGCCGCCUCUCGCUGCCCGGGCAGCUGCCCGCCGCGCCGGACACGCAGCCGCUGCACAGACACUGCUCCGACCCCGGCAGUUAAUGCGCAGGGACGGGGCCGGGACCCCCGGCGCGACGGGACGCGGGAUCCCCGUCCCCAGGACGCUGGCCGGGCCGGCGGGACCCAGGCCGCCGUCCCCCACGGACAAUCCUUCCCUUCUCCCUCCCUCCCGCCGCGGGAGCCCCUCGGCACCCCCCGUUAGCUGGCCUAACCCGGGGGGCCAGGCCCCCCCUGCCCCGCGGCUCGGCUGGCCGGACUGUCGGAUGCGUGCUGCUCUCCGCCUCCCCAUCCUCCUCCUCCUCCUCCUCCUCCCGGUAGUGCCGCAGCCCCUGCCCCAGCCAGACCCCCGCGGCCAGAGGCAGCGCGGCGGUGGGGGGAGGUUGCACGGGGGUGCGCACGCGUGUGUGUGCGUGUGUCAUGCGUGUGUCAUGCGUGUUUACGUGUGCUGCGGGUCUGCCUGCCUGCGCUCGCCCCAUGUGCGUGCAUGUGUGUUUGUGUGCGUGCCCGUGUCCGGGGGGGGGCCUCAACCUGCUGCUCCCCUGUGCCCCUCCACACGUGUGUGUCUGUAUGUACGUCUGCCCCAACCGCGCUUCCCGCCCGCCGUGGCACGCGUGUGCAUGCAUAUGCAAGUGCACACCGCGUGCGCUGAGCCACAGCACGGGGCGGGGGUGCCGUGUCCCCCCCUGUCUGUGUCCUGGCUGGGGUGACCCUGUAGCUGGGGGUGUCUGUGUGUGUACCUGGGGCAGUGGCGGGGUCCCCUCCCCGCACCACCCACCGGUGCCCCCCAGUCCCCGGCUGCUCCCCAGCACAACCAGUGGCACAGGGCAGGGGGUGCAGCCCCCCAGCAUCGCCCCAGCUCACGUGCCACUCCACGCACAGAGAAGGGGACGCCGCGGUAGGGAGGGGGCACAGGCAGGGCCGGGGUUGGGGGGCUCCUGCCCACCCACCACCCAUCCACCUCCCCAGCUGCUCGCCCCGUAGCGUGUGCCGUGUUCGUGCCGUUGUCCCGUAGCCGGGCGCCGCGUGUGCCCGCCCCGCCGUUUCACACUGCCCUGCAUGUUGCCUUCCGCGGUAGGUGCCCCCCCAAUAAACCGGACGGACACCCCG